CGUGGCCAGCCGGAAACAUAAUAUUGAAGAUUCUCAACUCUCAAAUAGCAAUUCCAUUGACUUUACUUUCUUCCAAAGAGAAAAAGAUAAAAGAAGAUUACAUUCCGAUGAAGCAAACAAGCAUUGGAAUGAUCACUUCCUCUUUGUAAAUUCUGAAAUCAUCAAAAGAAUUUCAAACUUCUGAAGCUCAGCCAUCGUCAUGUUUGCUAAGCGUCUCUUGCAGAAGGCCGUGCACCAUUCUCAUCAUGACUUGCAAAACGGGAGUCUGAAGUCUAGUGACUUGGAUCCUGCAAUUGUUAUUCAUUAUGGAAUUCCUUCCACAGCUUCGGUUCUGGCUUUUGACCCCGUUCAGCGACUUCUGGGUAUCGGGACACUGGAUGGAAGACUUAAGGUAAUUGGAGGUGACAACAUUGAAGGACUUCUUGUAUCUCUUAAGCAAGUGCCUUAUAAACACUUGGAGUUUCUACAAAACUUGGGCUUUCUAGUCAGUGUAUCCAAUGAUAAUGAUAUCCAGGUUUGGAGUCUUGAGAGCAGGAGUCUUGUUUGUUCUUUACAAUGGGAGUCCAAUAUUACUGCUUUCUCUGUUAUCAGUGGCUCACAUUUUAUUUAUGUUGGUGAUGAGCAUGGUUUGGUCUCUCUGGUAAAGUUUGAAGCUGAGGAAGGAGAAAUCUCAAGGUCACCAUAUCAUGUGUCUGCAAAAUCUCUUAGGGAAACUAAUGGGUCUUCAUAUCCCAACGACCAGCCUAUUGUUGGAGUUCUUUCCCAACCUUCUUCUAAUGGUAACAGAUUGUUAAUUGCAUUUCAGGAUGGGCUGCUUAUUCUUUGGGAUAUUUCAGAGGCUCGAAUCCUGUUUCUUGGUGGUGGCAAGGAUCUCCAACUGAAGGAUGAAAGUAGUAAUUCUUCUACUGAUAUGGACGCCAAACUUCCAGCUAAUACUGCAGAACAAGAAAUGGGAGAUAAAGAGAUAAGUGCUCUCUGCUGGGCGUCUACCAGGGGGUCCAUUCUUGCAGUGGGAUACAUAGAUGGAGAUAUCCUUUUCUGGAACUUGUCAUCUGCAGCCUCUCCAAAAGCCCAGCAGACUGUAUCGUCAAAAAAUGUCGUUAAGUUACAACUUUCAUCUGCAGAAAGACGACUCCCAGUCAUUGUCUUAAAAUGGUCUAACAGCCAUAAGUCUCACAGUGAUUGCGCUGGACAGCUUUUUGUCUAUGGUGGUGAUGAAAUUGGAUCUGAAGAAGUUUUGACCGUUUUAACUCUUGAAUGGUCAUCUGGGAUGGAGACUGUAAAAUGUAUUGGCCGUGCAGAUCUUACACUUAAUGGCUCCUUUGCAGACAUGAUUUUACUGCCAAAUCCUGGAGGAAUGGGGCUUAACAGUAAAGAUGAUCUUUUCGUUCUGACAAACCCUGGGCAACUGCAUUUUUAUGAUAAUGAUAGUCUCUCUGCUUUAAUAUCACAGCAGAAGAUGGCAUCAUCUGUAUCUGCUCUGGAAUUUCCAGUUGUAAUACCUACAGUUGAUCCUUCUAUGACUGUUGCAAAGCUAAUAAGGUUGCCCACUGGGUUAAAUUCUUCAAAACUUCUGUUAGAGGUAGCUGCAAGUAUGAAAACUGGCUCAACGCCUGAUUCAGCUACUCGUUCUAAAUGGCCCAUCACUGGGGGUGUUCCCAGCCAGUUGUCUAGGGCUAAAAAUACUGGGGUUGAGAGAGUUUAUUUAGCAGGCUAUUCUGAUGGAUCAGUCUGGAUGUGUGAUGCCACGCAUCCAAUCUUAUCAUAUAUAUGUUACGUAGAGGGAGAGGUGCCUGGUAUAAAAGUGGCUGGCUCAAGUGCACCAGUGACAAAGUUGGACUUCUGCUCUGUUUCCUUACGAUUGGCUGUUGGCAAUGAAUGUGGUCUUGUCCGAGUUUACUGCCUCAAAGGCCUUUCUGAUGGGACAAAGUUCCAUUUUGUCACAGAAACAAAAUGUGAAGUCCACGACUUACCCCAAGGGAAAGGGCCUCAAGCUAUGGCUGCUUUUAGUCUUCUCAGUUCCCCAGUACAGGCGUUAUCAUUUGCAAACUCUGGAACCAAGCUUGCCGUUGGAUAUUUUGGUGGUCAUGUUGCCGUCUGUGAUAUGACUUCACUGGCGGUUUUGUUCUUAAUUGAUGGUGUUCCUUCCUCUAGCUCUCCAAUUAUUUCAAUAGCUUGGAAAGAUCAUUCAUUUAUUCAUACUGCCGUGAAUAGUCCAAAGCAACCAAAUACAGCUACAGGCAAUUCUCUAGAAGAAAUAAUAUAUGUCAUGUCCCAGAAUGGAAAGGUUAAUGUAAUUGACAGUGUUACUGGUAAAAUGAUCUGUAAUCGGCCAUUACACGUAAAGGAAUCAACAGCAAUUUCAAUGUAUGUUAUAGAUGAUAGCCAUUCAAGCCCUGACGUGCCAGAUGACAAGCAGCUGGAGGAGCCCUUGAAGGAUACUGCUAAUACCAAUGAGCCUGCGCCAGACAGUAAUCUAACCAGGGUAAAUCCAGCUGAGGUUGAAGUUUCUUUAACGGAAACCACAUGCUCAGAUUCUUUGAUGGAUCCAUUACUUCUGCUCUGCUGUGAGAAUUCGUUGCGUUUAUUCUCUGAGAAAUCUUUGAUCCAGGGAAAUAAGAAACCUACUCGUAAAGUGAAACUUUCUAAGCCUUGCUGUUGGGCUACAACUUUAAAGAAAGAUGACAAAAUUUGUGGGCUGCUAUUGUUGCUUCAGACCGGAGCAUUUGAAAUCAGGUCGUUUCCAAACUUGGAAUUGGUAGAGGAAAGCUCCUUAUUGUCCAUUUUAAGAUGGAAUUAUAAAGUUAAUAUGGACAGAACUAUGUGUUCUGAUGAUAUUGGAAAUAUUGCACUGGCAAACGGUUCUGAGUUGACCUUCAUCUCAUUAUUAGAUGGUGAAAAUGAAUUCAGGAGUCUGGAGAAUCUGCCUUGUCUUCAUGAUAAAGUUCUUGCAGCUGCAGCAGAUGCUGCCUUCAGAUUCUCUUCAAAUCAGAAGAAAAAGCAGGGCAUCGCACCAGGGAUUCUAGGUGGUAUUGUCAAAGGAUUUAAAGGAGGAAAAAACACCCAAACAGAUUCUACUGCACUUUCAACCCUCAAUUUUGCACGUUUGGAGAGCUUAUUUUUGAAGCUGCCAUCUUCGGAUUCACCGAAUACUGUCUCAGAUAACGAAGUGGAGCUUAAUAUAGGUCUCCUGCCAAAUCGCCUCUAUGACAUUGAGAUAGAUGAGCCCCUGACUGAGGGCUCCACUUCAUCAAUUGAUGUUAGAAGCAAACAGAAAGAUAAUUUGACAGAUAGGGAUAAGUUAUUACAAGGAGGGACUAAUGAUGAUGUAAAGCCGAGAAUGAGAACACCAGAAGAAAUUAGAGCUACUUAUAGAAAAGCCGGGGAUGCUUCUUCUGCUGCUUCCCAAGCAAGAAACAAGCUUAUGGAGAGGCAGGAAAAAUUGGAGAGAAUGAGCCAACGAACUGCAGAACUAGAAAGUGGAGCUGAGAACUUUGCAUCAUUGGCAAAUGAGCUUGUGAAGACAAUGGAAAGGCGAAAAUGGUGGCAAAUUUGAACUUUGAUCGUCUCCCCAAAGCAUUGCAUAUAUAUAUAUAUAUGUAUAUGUAUAUAUAUUGUUCUGUACAUUAUUAUAUAUGUACGCAUAUCAUAACAUUUCAGUUUUUUACUAGCAAUAGCCAAAGAUGAAGUAAAGCAGCAUGUAAUUUCCCUGUAUGACGUGACAAAUGAGCGGGUGGUUAUUGUUUUUAGAGAUUUGACAUGUUGAAGGGAGAAGUGUUAUUGCAAGAUAUACUACUUUGAGAUUUGAAAUUGUUUUUAUGGCAAGUGUUAUUUCGAUUUUUGACAAUGCAAGAUGCUUUUGGCAA